GGCUAGGAGAAAUGGUCUAUCUUCCCCCACCGCAGUACGAAAGUCCCUCGAAGCGAGGAUACGAACAAGCCUACCAUGACAUCCUGGCCACGCAUCGCAGUUCACCGCGAUCCUCUGCUAGUUCACUCAUCAUGCUGGUCGCUCCAGACGUCGAUGCUCUCUGUGCUGCUCGCAUGCUUACAGACCUUUUCAAACAGGACGAUAUAAUGCACCGUAUUAUCCCGGUGUCAGGUAUUGACGAACUGAUGCGAAUACGAGACGAGAUGGUUUCCAAUGUUGAGCUGCGAACACUCAUCCUCAUAAACAUGGGCGCCAUCUUCGACCUACCAACUGAAGAGUGGUUUGGGGAAUUUCCUCAGCAUCUGCGUGUUCAUGUCAUCGACUCGAAUCGACCACAAAACCUGGCAUCUCUAUUCGGACCAGAUGAAAAGAUUGUAAUUUGGGACGAUGGUGAUGCAGAAGCUCUUGUGGAACAGAAGAAGGCUUGGGAAGCUCUCGCCUACGCUCCGGACGAUUCCGACGACGACUCUGAUGAUGACGACUCUGACUCAGAGGAAGAAGAGGGCAAAGAUGAAGAUGAAGACGAGGGUUUGGGUGGAUCGUCAUCAUCCGGCAAAAGAAGGCGAUCAUCACCAGGUACGAAACGGAAACGACGAAGGCUGGAAGAUGAUCCAAAUCGUCUUAGUCCUGAAGAUCGAGAGCAUUACACUGCCGUGAUAGAGAAAUACUACAUGUCUGGUACAUACUAUGGACAAGCAGCCUCUUCAACUGUAUACGUCCUCGCGAACGUACUUGCACGAGCCGACAACGAUCUACUAUGGUUCGCUAUUCUCGGAGUCACUUUUCAAUACGCGACUUCGCGAAUUUCGCGGGAAAAAUACGACCAAUACUACGCGCUCUACGCAAAUGAGGUCAAACGCCUUAACAAGGACGUCAGAGAGGAUCGACGGCAUUAUGCAUCCAAUAGUGCACGCGGGCCAGAUGAUAACUCGAUACGGAUAGUGGAGGAAUUACGAUUCAUGCUUUGGCGACACUGGAAUCUUUAUGAUGCGAUGAUGCAUUCAGGUUACGUUGCUAGUAAAUUAAACAUAUGGCGAGAAAAAGGUCGUAAGCGUCUGCACGGCCUUUUGGCAAAGAUGGGAUUCUCAACCGUGCAGAGUCAGCAGCCGUACUCGCAUAUGGACAUGUCACUCAAGAAAGAUCUUCAUUCCAAGCUCGAGGCGAUCUCUCCCGAGUACGGCAUGGUUGAACUCUCGUAUUCCUCCUUUACUCGAUGUUGCGGCUAUCGUGUGGCACCAUUAAGUGCCGCUGAUAGUGUCGAAGCAGUAAGCGCACUGCUUGACGCAGCCGGUGGUGUUCGACUAGAAGUAGAAAUCGAAGGGGCGCGAAAUGGUGGCGAAUGGUUUGGUGGUGGUCAUGUUUGGCAGCUACAUGGGCAGCAACAGGCUCGAUGGCGUGAUGAUGAAAGGGAAAACAUCCCUCCUGGUGGUCAACUACCAUUGCAGAAACCGAACACCGAGGAAAGUGAUGAAGAGAAGGGAAAGAAGCGGUUAGAGUGGUGGGUUCGGAACUUCUGGACAGCUUUUGAUUCACUUAAUGACAUAACGCAACUUCGUGAUGCUCUUCGGCUUUCAAUGGGUUUGCAUCGUGCAGUGAUCCGCACAGGAUCUGCGUUAAUUGACGCUCGAGCAAUUCGUACCAUGCGUGGUCAUCGAGUCGCUUUACUCACUCAAGGACCAGAUCUUGCACUUUUCUGCUCCCCUGGCCCACUAGCACGACUUGCACGCUGGCUUGUAGAUGCUAUGCGGGAACGUGUCAAGGGCAUGCAUGCAGCGUUCUCUCAAUCGAAGAAGAAGAGUCUUCCGUUUGUUGUUGCUGCUUUGAAUGAACGUGAGCAGACGUACCUCGUCGUGGGUGUUAACGCUGCUUUGGAGAUGGGAGAUGUUCGAAAGAAUGAAUUCGGUUUGGCGUUCCUUGAUGCGAAGGAGAGAUGUAACGCACGUACACGGCACAGUACAUUUGACACCAACAUCCUCGAGAUCAAGAAAGAAGAUCUCGAGCUUUUCCUUCAAACUUUGUGCGAGGGUGCACGAUGAUAGUUGGUUACCUCAGCCUUAAGUAUUCUUUCAUCUCUUGUUUCUCCAUCAUCCUUGGAACUCUUGGUUUUGAGUCGUCUUGCUAUUAUAUUGCUUUGCCUUGCAUCCUGCAAUCAUACAAAUCUAUUCCGUCAUCUACAUGUUCCACGUACCUCAUGCACACAGGGAUGACUCCGGAACGGUUUCCUAUUUAUGUGGUAGACUCAUGUACGGUCACUUGUAUCUGUACUCAAGAAUGUAAUUCAAAAUGUU